ACAAGGACGGGUCGCUCUCCGGGGUCCUGUCCCAAGGGUCUGAUCUCGAGCCCUCGUACCACCUGACGUCCGCUUGGGCUUCCUGGUAUCCCCUUACCCCUGGCAGCCUCUGGGGCCAGUCCCCCGCGACCUGGAGGCGGGACCCAAAGUUCUUUAUCUGAGCCGACUGGCGCAGCCCCAAGUUCAGGAAGCUCUCCAAGUCCCAGUGACUCCUCCCCUCGAGCUGGGGCGGGGUGCGGGGUGGGGGGCAGUGGGGGGACGUGCAGGGAAACAAAUAAAACCUCGGGAGGCGACGGGAGGUGACAGGACACGAACUUGAGUCUCAAGCCACCUACGGCUCCGCAGACUCACCGGCCGACUCCUCAACCGCGAAGCCCCGCAUCCCCGGAACCUCAGCGCAGGCCGGGGCGCACGAGGCCGCUGGCCCACCUGCUCUCCCUGCCCGGACGCGUCCCGCCCCUUCUGCGGCCCCAGGUCAGCCUUCACCCCACAAACCAGCCCCAGCUCCGGCCCGGAACGGUGCAUCAAGAUGAAGGCGGCACGCUUCGCGAUGCGCAGCGCCGGCACCCUGAUCCCCCGCGAGGUCGAGCAUUUCUCGCGCUACAGCCCGUCCCCGCUGUCCAUGAAGCAGCUGCUGGACUUCGGUUCAGAAAACGCAUGUGAAAGAACCUCUUUUGCAUUCUUGCGACAAGAGUUGCCUGUAAGGCUAGCCAAUAUCCUGAAGGAAAUUUAUAUACUCCCUGACCGACUAGUAAAUACCUCUUCAGUGCAGUUAGUUAAGAGCUGGUAUAUGCAGAGCCUGAUGGAAUUGGUGGAAUUCCAUGAGAAAAGCCCAGAGGACCAGAAGGCGUUAUCAGAUUUUGUAGAUACUCUCAUCAAAGUUCGGAAUAGACACCAUGACGUAAUUCCUACAAUGGCACAAGGAAUCCUAGAAUAUAAAGAUGCCUGUACAGCUGACCCAGUCACCAAUCAAAACCUUCAGUAUUUCUUGGAUCGAUUUUACAUGAAUCGUAUUUCUACCCGGAUGCUAAUGAACCAGCACAUCCUUAUAUUUAGUGACUUACAGACAGGAAACCCAAGCCUCAUUGGAAGCAUUGAUCCAAACUGUGAUGUGGCAGCAGUGGUCCAAGAUGCCUUCGAGUGUUCCAAGAUGCUUUGUGAUCAGUAUUAUUUAACAUCUCCAGAAUUAAAGCUAACACAAGUGAAUGUAAAAUUUCCAGGCCAACCAAUUCAUAUUGUGUAUGUUCCAUCUCACCUUCAUCAUAUGCUCUUUGAAUUAUUCAAGAAUGCAAUGAGGGCCACAGUUGAACACCAGGAAAACUGGCCUUCCUUGACACCAAUUGAGGUGAUUGUUGUCUUGGGGAAAGAAGAUCUUACAAUUAAGAUUUCAGACAGAGGAGGUGGCGUUCCCCUGAGGGUCAUUGACCGUCUCUUUAGUUACACGUACUCCACUGCACCAACGCCUGUGAUGGAUAGUUCCCGGAAUGCUCCGCUGGCUGGAUUUGGUUACGGCUUGCCGAUUUCUCGUCUCUAUGCCAAGUACUUUCAAGGAGAUCUAAAUCUCUACUCUUUACCAGGAUACGGAACUGAUGCUAUCAUCUACUUAAAGGCUCUGUCUUCUGAGUCCAUAGAAAAACUCCCAGUCUUUAACAAAUCAGCCUUCAAACAUUAUCAGACGAGCAGCGAGGCUGGAGACUGGUGUGUCCCAAGCAAGGAACCAAAGAAUCUGGCAAAGGAAAGAGUGGCCGUGUGAGGAGGGCCUCGCAGACACUUUAAGGGAACAAAGUGGGUCUGUGCUAGAGCUGCUUCAGGAAUGUCUGCCCGUGAACCCUUGUUUCCUCAAAAACAAACAGCACAACAAAAACUCCUUGAUCGGAACACUGAUGUGAAGGAAGAGGGCUCCUUUCUGUGACCCAGGCGAGCACAGAGCAGGACCACGGGAGUAAUGGCUGGCCAGCUCUUUAUUCUCCUAACUUAGAAUAACACCGGAGUUUGUAUCACAUCCUGAAGAAGAAAUAAGCCUGUCUACCAUCUCUUUAUCAACAAAAAGGGGAAGGAGUGAGAAGGGAAGAUGAAGGCUAGCAGUUUCAACCGACUGAUACUUUAGGCCAUUGAUUGAUGUCAUCAGAUAUUGGUAUUUACGGCAGUACUUUCCUGCCACUCAAAGGAUGAGGGCUUAUUUUAUACUGUAUGAUUAGAAAUGUAUAUAAACAUAUAUUUCAUAAAUACGCAUUCUAGAGGUGAAAAAUCAGUGACUAAAAUAACAUUUACUUUGAAUGAGGGCAAAUGAGCCAACACGCUUUAUUCAAAGUUGCAGCCAAGGCCUGGGUCUAUGUAAAAACUCUGAAGAAAGCCCCUUCUGAUAAAUACAGUGCCUUUACUAUGUUGCUUUGCCUGUUCACACCUCAAAUAAGAAGUGAGCACUUAUUGCAAGGUGCAUAUAUCUUGGUUGAAUUUAAAAUGUGCACUGAAUUCUGGACGUUGGCAGUUGGAGGGAGAGAAGAAUUGCCAAAGUGAUAGCAAAACCUCACUUUUCUUUGCUUACAAAUGAAACAGAAGUAGAUUGGAAAAACCAGUAUUAGGGAAAGAAAUCAGGCAUUCAGAAUCUAACUCAGUGGGAAGGGCUGUUCUCCACCCCGCAGUGGUGGUAAUCCAAAGGCAUCUAUUUUCUAGGCUUAAAGAGAUAUAUACUUUCAUAUAUUUAACUAUGUUCUCUACACUCCGCCAUUAACAUCUGAUAAAAAUGUGUAAUUAACAAAUGGUUCCAGAACAUUGGAAUUUAAAUACUUCCUGGAGUAUUUUUAACAAAUAGCCUGCGGGUAAGAGAUUUUCAUGCCAUGCAUGGAUGCUUUCAUUUGUAAAUUGUUGUGAAUGAGAGCUAAUGCAUGAAAGCUGUAAUGCAUAUGGCGCUUUUGGGGAGUUCAGGUGGAAUGCGCAGGUGGACAGGGCAGUCUAGCACAUGCCUCUCAGAGCAGAAACGAAGAAACAAAAGGAAAGAAGGAAGGAAAGAAGAACGAUGGAAGAGGAGGAGGGAGGGAAGCAGAAGGCAAGCAUCUUGCUAUAUUCCCCAUAAACUAUUUCAAGAAAUGAUCCAUAUUAUCACAGAUAAAUUAUUGACAAGAAGAUGAAUUGGUGUUUUUCAAAACGGUGGCUUCUUUCAGUGUUUUUUUCACUCUUGCAAGAUAAUAGGCUUUUAUGAGAUAAUAAACUCAUCUGUGAAACCGGAAUAUUUAAAAAAAAAAACAGCUAGCAUUUUCUGUUUUGUAAAAUAAUCAGUACCAUCUAUAUGUUGGAUUUAACAUUUGUGGUUAAUGUUCUCACGGCCUAGUGUUGUGGUGCUUCUGGUUGUGGCCAUAGAAAGGCUCAGACAAUUUGCUGUGGAUUUCAGGUUUUAUCAUCAGAAGUCCUGGAGGUGACUUUCUUGAUUGUGGGACUCUGGCUCAUGCAUUUAUUGACUAUAUACAACUAUUUGCAACAGAAUAUUUGGCUUUUCAAAAAUCUAAACAUUUUCGCAUGUAAAUAUUUGUGUUUAUCAAAAGAAUUAAAGCAGCUGAUUAACAGUUAACCCAAAUACUGGGAACUGUCUUUAAGACACUAGAGAAUAAGAAAUGUUGGUAUCUCAGUAACAUCAAAUGUGUAAAUGGAGCUGUAUAAAACAGAAAGAGUCCAUACUGGUAUUUGUGAAACCUGUGGAAGAGCUUUAGGAUCCUAAUGGAUGGAAACUGAAUGUUCAGGCCCACUUAAAUUAUUAAUGUAUAAAUUGUGUUUUUGUGUCUAGAUUAUGUACAGAGAAAUGUGAUAAUUUUUAUAAUAAAUAUUUUUUAUUAUAAUGAUA